GACUGAAAACCAUAUUGCCUGUGCCACGUGAACACUGUACUAUCAGCGCCACUAGUACAUAACGUUAUCUACUCGUUUUAUACUGGUAUCGCACGAGAUUCGCACACUUUUUGUCGGGGGUGACCAAAUGUUGCACGGCCACGUCGUAGCGACUGGCGAGGACGGGAAAUACCUCGUCAAACAUGCGAUACAGUGACGCCGUCGACAGGCGUUCCAGCGCCUCUUCAUCAAGCACGCGGUGGGUUUCCACGGCGAUCUCCGUGAGCGUGCGCAUCACGCGGCGGGUCUUUGCGAGAAUCGACCCGCUCGCCCAUGUCCUGGCCUUGUAUGGAACCUGCGACACAUCUCGGCGAUGCCACAGUGGCCACAUGGUCCGAACUGGCAGCGCAGGCAGCUGGCCUUCGUCGGCUUGCGUCACAUCGUCGCAUAUCAUAGGGCGACUCGUGCAAGCAGGACGCGGUGGACGAUCGUACGACGGCGCUGUGAGGGACAUGCUGCCGUACGGCGUUUCCGUGACCCACGUCGCCGCCAAGAUGCACAAACUGUCUGCAUUCAACGUACAUUUAGAGCCACAUUCGUAGGCAAAGAGCGCCACCACCUCGUCGCACAUGAGGCGGAACGACGGCAGGUCCAUCCCCGUCACGAGCAUCUCUUUGGACGACACCCACGGCAUAAGUAGCGCCACAUCCGUCAAUUUUGCAAACAGUUGCUUGGUGCUCCACCACCGCCGCUUGGAUGCGUCGUCGUGGAGGUCGCGCGCGCGAAGUUUGUCCAGCGGCGGUCGUCCAUCGUAUCCGCGCAACCAGAGCAUCCACAUGACGCGAAUCGACGUGGACGGAAACAGGAAUGGCUGGGGGGGUGGGGGUGGGCGUGGAAAUGACGUGAACAACAUGUACAUGUCGUCGGUAGGUCGUCGAGAGGGGUACGCCCGCGGUAAUGCCUCGACGAGAAUGGCAUCGAGGGCGGCGGGAGACAUCGCGGACAUCUCGGCGGCGGAGGACACAGACGAGUGCGCAAGGAUUGUUGACAUGGCAAACGACACGGCGUCGAACGAGUUGUACAGAGACCUGUCCGAUGGAAUGUGGAAGAGGCGGAAUGGCACCGUGAUGAGAUGGCUGUCGAUGAUUGUGCGGUUGCCGAUGCUGUCGCCGUGAAACCAGUACCUCCACAUGUGUAUGCAGUCUGCAGCAGGAAGGACCCAGUUUGGCGAUGGCACGACAAGAGCUUCUUCCUCGUCAAUCGAAACAAUCGAUGCAUCGCUUGGGUCGGGCGUGGGGGGUGGGGACGGAAUUAUUUCGAUAGUGUCGACGUCUUCAGACGAAGAAACAUAGACCAAGGAACACGUGUCCAUGUCAUCCUCUGUGGCGCUGGAAGAAGCGGGGCGGUUCAGCAACGCCAUCAUGGCUACUGGGGAAUGCAAGGACGGACGAAGAGGCGUCUGUUGUCGUCGCUUGGCGCGUUGCCGUCGAGCCACACAUGCGCUUACGGGGACGUCGACAUGCAUCAAGGAUGAUUGUUCUUCGUGGAUCUUCCGCCGACGAAAUGCUUGGCAUCGAUGGCCAUCGCUUGAUGGUGAUGGUUCGCGUCGCUGCCGCGUCGUCAUGUCCAAG